GCCGAGCGAUGGCGUGGCCGCUGCUGUGUUGUCAUUGAUAGUUGUCAGCUGUUGGCUUCAUGCCCCUGUCGCGGCCGCCUGUAUACCCUUUUACCCCAGAGGAGAAUGAGAAAGAGCAAGAGGUGGACUCUGUUUCAGCUGCCAUAAUGGCUGCUGUGUUGGAAGAGCGGCAGCGUGAAAGGGCCAGGCGCCACUGCUCAUCCUGCACCUGCGGCUCGCUCAAAACUGACACGGGUGAGAACAUCCUAGGUGAUAACACUCACUUGGAAGACUUACAGGAAAUCAAUGGUAAUGGAAAUGGCAGCAUCUUGCCGGAGGAGGGUAGUGAUAGGGAGGACCUUAAAAAGAACAGGCUUACUGGUUUUAAGGUCAGUGUGGUGGAUGUAGGGACACAGAUGUUUCCUUCAUAUAUAGGGGAAACAGGUAAGGUACAGUCAACCUGUAUAUACUGCCAGUCAUCCAAAAAUGUGUCUCAAGAAAAGUUAUCAACACUUGAACACACAGUAGGGAAAAGCAAGGCAAUGAGCCUGAUGCAACACUCAAGAUCCAGAAGUCAACCAGUCAACCAAGUCAACUCUCCAUCUGAGGAAGAGAACUCACCUAGAAGUAUUCGUCCCUCUUCCCCAGAUAGUAUAUUGAAGAGCCCGACCUUCAGGACACACUCAAGAAGUGCUUGGGACUGGGCUGCAGAAGGCCAUGACUCAGGGACUCCCUCCACCCCUUCAUCCCUAAUCAGUGCUUCCUUGAGUUAUGAAAGUGAGACAAGCAAUGUCUCUCCUCAAGAUUCCCCAGGUAGACUCUCCUUGGUUCCUUCAAGAUCACAGCAUGGGAAACCAAUGAAUAUACAGAGUAGUGACAUCCAUAAAGCCUCAAAGCAAAAUGAUAAUGGGAAUAAUUUCUCACAUAUGUUAAAACAGCAAGGAUUGAAAGAUUUUGAGGCAGCCAUAUCACCUUAUCAUAGUUCUAGUUUAAAUACAACAGCAAAUGUAUCCAAUUCGACAACACAGUCUUCAGGUCCAGCAACACAGGCCAACAGUACAGGCAGUUUUGUAUAUAUGUCAAGAAGAACGUCUCAGUAUUUGGGCCAUACUCCCUCUCCCAUCCUGACUAACCACUGUAAUUCAAGCAGCAAACCAAACCCCUGCUACACACCUUCCUCUCCUGUCACCUACAAAGUCCCGUUCAAUGCUCGAUCACCACACCAGGAUGUUUUCACACCCCCAAUUCACAGAUCUCCUCCUCACCCUCGAGUUCCAAAGGAAGACACCAUACGCAGAGACUCCUCCACAGAUGUCGUUGCUUCCAGCAUGACAACAGCCUCCAGUACAGAAACUACAUUGUAACUGAUUGAAACUUAUGACAAAUACUUUACAUUUAUUUGAACUUGGACUACAAUAUAUAUUUUGAUAUUCUACAGUACUUCUUACUACAUGUAGUAUCAUGAUAAAGGAAACUCCAGAGUAGUAAAUUGACCCAGCAUAUAACUGAUAAUUGACAGUGUCCCCCCUGUAAUUCAUCACCCCUUUAAUUACUGUUUGAUUCUUUCAUAACUAAAACUUUGUUGCAAGCAACAAGAACAUUUGCUGCACAAUGAAGUCUGUAAUACUAUUUGAGACCAAUAAUGCAUAACAAGAAUAAACUCCAGGAAAGUAA